AUGACAUGCGCGAAGCGUUAUAAAAUCGAACGAAAGGUCGCCGAACAUCGACGUAAAGAAAAAAAAAAGGCGAAAAAUAAUCCUCACAAGAGUAAGUUAAGAAAGGAUCCUGGCAUACCAAGCUUAUGGCCAUUCAAAGGACAAUUAUUAAGCAAAAUUGAGGAACAAAAAAGAAAGGUUGAAGAAGAAAAAAAAAGACAAAAAGAAGAUCGUCAUAAGCAAUUUGAUAAGAACCGAAACCUUAAUUUCUCAUCUCUCGCGAAAGAUGCGUCUGAACGAAGCGAAGCCUUUGAGCAAAACGCGAGUUCCGAAGAUGAAGAAGGUUUAUCUAAGGUGGUCGAUGCAGCCGCUGUUGGUCACAAAGAUAAUUCACGCAAAGCAUAUUACAAGGAGUUUCGCAAGGUCAUCGAAGCUGCCGAUGUGAUUUUGGAAAUAUUGGAUGCACGUGAUCCGCUAGGCUGCAGGACCAAACAAGUCGAGAAGAUGAUCAACUCCAGUGGAUCUUCAAAGCGAAUAAUAUUGAUACUUAACAAAAUUGACCUCAUUCCCAGAGAGAAUGUUAUGCAAUGGCUUUCGUAUCUUCGUAGGGAAUAUCCAACAGUUGCUUUCAAAUCGUCAACACAAAUUCAGCGUAAAAAUCUUGGUCAUGCAGCUGGAUCUAUCGUCACGGCAUCAAAUAACAUUUUGAAUGGUAAUGAGUGCUUAGGUGCCGAUAUGUUGAUCAAACUUCUUAAAAAUUACUCUCGAAAUUGCAAUAUCAAAACUUCCAUCACCGUCGGAAUAAUUGGCUUUCCUAAUGUCGGAAAAUCGUCUGUGAUCAAUUCAUUGAAACGAUCUAGAGUUUGUGGGGUCGGUGCCACGCCAGGUUUAACAAAGUCAGCCCAGGAAAUUCAUCUAGACAAAAAUAUAAAACUAUUAGAUUCUCCGGGUAUCGUCUUUAGCAGGGAUCAAUUUGAUGAUAACUGUAUUGGAAUUUUAUUAAGAAAUUGUGUUAAAGUUGAGUUGCUGAGCGAUCCGAUCAAACCAGUCGAGGUUAUUGUCUCCCGGUGCGACCCGAAACAACUAAUGAGCAGAUAUAAUGUUCCUAUGUUUAGAGAUGCUCGUGAAUUCCUUAUACUUCUUGCUCGUCAACGAGGCAAGUUAGGACGCGGAGGAGUUCCGUGCUUAGAAUCAGCCGCUAGAACCAUCUUGCAUGAUUGGAAUUCCGGAAAGAUACCUUAUUACACUACACCGCCGGCCACGCCAAAGAAUAAUUCGAUAAUUGAUAGUACCAUUGUUGCAACUUGGGGCAAAGAGUUUGAUCUCGAAGGAGUUUGUAAUGAUGCAGAAGAGAAAGUUCUGCUGGAAGGUGUAAAAAGUAAAGGCGAAUUUGGUGGUGGAGCUAUAGUGAUGUCAGGGGAAGAACCUCCCGAGAUCGAGAUGGAAAUGUUCGAUGGAGAUGAAAGCGAUGAAUCUCAAAGUUACAUGGAUGAAGACGUUCCGGAAGCAGUUGCCAUAAAGUCCAUCGAAGGAUCAUCCGGUCCGAUCAUCUCCCAGUUCAAAUCGAGUACAAAGGGUGAAAAGUCCAAAGAAAAGCAGAAUUUAUUCACGGCACUGGAAUUAGAGAUCAAUCCACAAAUCGCAAAAGACCGAAAAAAGGAUAUCAAGAAACGAAAGAAAGCGUUAAAGAAAAUUCAGAAAAGGGUUACAUUUGAAGACACGGUCGAUGAUAUGGAGGGUUACCGAGCAUCGGCACCCGUAACUGGGGAACACGAUGAUGAAGAGGAUUUGUAA